AAACUAGUAAACAGUCAUGGUGAAAACCUAGCGGAGGUUUCCCCAGUUACAACCCAGAGACGUGCGUGUUCUGUGUUCUUUCCGGUUGAUAUUGCCUCCGCAAAAUGGGUCGUGUCAGGACGAAGACCAUCAAAAAAGCCUCGAGGGUCAUCAUUGAGAAAUACUACACCAAGCUCACUCUCGAUUUCCACACAAAUAAAAGGAUAUGUGAAGAGAUUGCCAUCAUUCCGACUAAAAGUCUCAGGAACAAGAUAGCCGGGUUCGUUACCCACUUGAUGAAGCGAUUGAGGCACUCACAGGUCCGUGGUAUCUCAAUCAAACUCCAGGAAGAAGAAAGGGAGAGAAGAGACAACUACGUUCCAGAUGUAUCUGCUCUUGAACAGGAUGUCAUUGAAGUCGAUCCAGAAACCAAGGAAAUGUUGAAGAUGCUGGAUUUCAACAAUAUUGCUGGACUUCAGCUUACACAACCUGCCAACCAACCUUAUGGCAGGCGUCAAUAAAUUUUUUUUAUAUAUUUAAUUAUUGUUUUUUUGAACAAUACCAAAUUCUUUACAACAGUA